AAGGAAAGCCAGAAGCGAUCAGAAGCUCUAAUUGUCCUCUUGGUGUAACGAAGUCUCCACCGGUAGCUUGGAAGCCGAACAGGUUCAACGGCCGCAACGUCGCACAGUAGUUCGUACAGUCCUUUGCAUUAACAGAUCCACAUAUGUCACGAAUGGGGUCCCUAAAAACCGUCGCCGCCGCCGUCUGCGUGUCCGCCAUCUUGAUCCUCCUCAUCCAGCCCGCCCAUGCCGGCAGCAGCUUCACCACCAACCCCGACAUCUUCGACGAGUCCGGGGACCCGGGCCGGCGCACGCUGCCUCCGCGGGCGGAAUGGGAGACCGCCAUCGCCGACCUGGUCUCACGAUACCGGCACCUGAUCCUGGAGAUCCUCGGAGACGCCUCAAGCAGCUCCACUGGCGCCACUACACAGGAGAGAAGAUCCACGGCAGCGCCAGCAACUGCCGCGUCGGAAACAGAAAUGUCACAAAGCCAACUGCGAAACGUGGUGAACAGGUACCGCCAGCUGAUCCUGCGGUUCCUCCGGCGGGACGAGGCGACAGACAUGGCCGCUCAGCACAACGUUAGCCGAUCGCCCGCAGCUACAAGGGAGACGGAGGGGAAAUGAAGGCACAGAAAGAAGAAUGUCGUCCAUCAAUUGAGGAGCUUUGUUAACUAAAGACAGCCUGAAGACUAAAGAAUACACCAAUCACAUGGACAUGUUGGCUGUUUUGUCAUGCAUGGAACAAACUGGAGAUAGCUAGUUUGCUUUAACAAAUUCCUGAAAUGGUUUUCUUAAAAAUUCCCACUUUUCUUACAUACAUUGCUAUACCAUUGAAUGAAAUUUAGAAGUUGUAACUUUGCCUCCAACGGGAGAAAACUUGCGCAUGUUCCCCCCGUCAAAACAUGCUCUCGCGAGAGUAGGCGUUCAAUAUGACGGCCAUAUUUUUAAAAAUCCGACAUGUACUGAGUUUGGACACUUUAUUAUCAACAUCGAUACAUCUAGACCAUAAUGUAACCUUGCACGAACGUCCCAAAAAAAGGUAUAGCAGUCAUAUUCAUCCUCCACUAUGGUGAAGCAUGGUGGCUUUUAAAGUAGUUGAUAUGUCUUAAAAAGAACCAAAGAAAUAAAUAUUAUUUCAGCACAUAUGA